AUGCGAGCGGCGUUUUCGAUCCCUCGUGGAUUCAUCCCCACUCCCCGCUUGCCCCAUUGCCGCCCCCGGAUCUUAUCGUCGCGAAGUUUUGUGGCCAGCAGGGCGAUUCGGGCGAAUUCCACAACCAGUACGAAUGGCAAUCCGCAAAAGGAUGGCUCCAAUGCCUCAUCGUGGACCGCUAGUCGCACCUUGCUCGUCUCUGCAUUGGCAGCUGGAUUAGGCUAUGGCUAUGCUUCGUACGGACAGGAAUCUCCACGGGCUACAAAGAAUCCACAGUAUGGUUCUCCAAAGGAUUUUGAGAAGGCAAUCGCUGAAUUGAGGGCGAAAUUGGGCGAGGACACUAUUAGCACCGACGACGAGGAUCUGCUGCAACACGGUUACUCGGAAUGGUCAAGCUUGAAUGCCGACCGACUCCCCGUCGCGAUCGCCUAUCCAACCAGCACCGAAGAAGUCGCCGAGAUUGCCAAGGUCUGCCACAAGUACCGGAUGCCAAUGAUUCCCUAUUCGGGCGGCUCGAGCCUCGAAGCCAAUUUCUCGGCACCUUACGGCGGGAUGACCAUUGAUUUUGCGUUUAUGAACAGGAUUCUGGAUAUUCACCAGGAUGAUAUGGAUGUUGUUGUACAGCCUUCUAUUCAGUGGAUGGAUUUGAAUGAGAAGAUCAAGCACACUGGUCUUUUCUUCCCCGUGGACCCUGGUCCAUCUGCGAUGAUUGGUGGUAUGGUCGGUACGAAUUGCAGUGGAACAAAUGCAGUACGGUAUGGUACAAUGAAAGACUCGGUGAUCAACUUGACAGUCGUCCUCGCCAAUGGUGAUAUCAUCAAGACACGCAGACGUCCUCGUAAGACUUCCGCUGGCUACAAUCUCACAGGACUGUUCGUGGGCUCGGAGGGAACGCUCGGAAUUGUGACGGAAGCGACCUUGAAGCUAGUCCCAAUCCCCGAGCUCACUCGAGUUGGAGUGGUGGCAUUCCCGACCGUGCGUGACUGCGCUUCUACGGCCAUGCAGCUGAUCAAGAAGGGUAUUCAGGUCCAAUGCAUGGAGAUCAUGGAUGAAGUUCAGAUGGACGUGAUCAACAAGGCAGGUGGAACUGGCAGAACCUGGAGCGUUUCUCCCACUCUGUUCUUCAAGUUCAGCGGAACUACAGCAGGUGUCGCUGAUAGCAUCAAUCUGACGAGACAGCUUGCUAAGAAUAAUAACGCCGUUGAAUUUACAUUUGCGAAGGAUGAAAAGGAAGCACACGACCUCUGGUCUGCUCGCAAACAGUCCUUGUGGAGUAUGAUGGCACUGCGCAAGGAAGGCUCCGAAGUGUGGUCGACUGAUGUUGCCGUACCACUUUCGAGGCUGCCCGACAUUAUCGAAAUCUCGAAGAAGGAAUUGGACUCCCUGGGUCUCUUCGCCAGUAUCCUUGGACACAUCGGCGACGGCAACUUCCAUGCGAGCAUAAUGUACGAUCGCCAAGAUCCAGAGGAGCGAGUCCGGGUCGAGAAGGUCGUCUAUGAUAUGGUCGAUCGUGCGCUAGAAAUGGAGGGCUCAUGCACGGGCGAGCACGGCAUUGGCUUGGGUAAGAAGGGAUCUUUGAAGAAAGAGCUCGGCCCAGGUACAAUUGAUGUUAUGCGGAGCCUCAAGCGCUCCCUUGAUCCCCAUUGGCUUUUGAAUCCUGGCAAGAUCUUUGACCUCCAGGAAGAUUCAUGA